UGUAAGGAUUACAUGGUGUGCUCAAUUGCCUGGGGGGAUUCGGGUAAUGACGUCACUCGUGUCGAAUUGUGUAAACAGAGUAGCCAACGUCUAGAAGUAAAACAUUUUUGGUGUUGUAAUAUUGGCACAUGUUCAUGCAUCGUCACACUCAUGCCGCUUAUGCCACUCAGAACUACCGAAAAAUGAAGUGAUGCGGGAAGGAUGGCUGAAAAAAAAGGAGGCUAUGUUUUACCACCAAAAGUUGAAUUUGCAAGGAUAUGCUCGGUUCAUUUUAGUCAAGAGUCCUUUCAUCAAGGUCGAGCACGGAAAGACCCUGUUAAGAAACGUCACCUACUACCAUCGGCUGUGCCAACGUUAUUUUUGAAUUGUUCAGAAGCUCCAAAUGUAAACAAGAAUGCGGUGGCUGAGUACAAAGAUUCUUUACCUGAUGAAGUUUUAUUGUGUCUGGUGAGAACACGUACGUACAUACGAAUAAAAGAAAAUGCCAAAAAAUCGUAUGUAAACAGAGAGAGAAGAAAAAAGGAGAAGAAAAUGAAGAAACUAGUGUCGUAA